AUGUGGAGAUGUCAAGAUAAUAUUGUUCAGUCUGUUAAUAGUCAUCUUACAUUAUAUGUUAUCAUAUCAUUGAAGGGUUCUGGUGUAGCUAUUCAGGAUAAAGAAUAUACUCUUGAAUGUAAAACAAGUCUAAAACAAAUACACUGGUAUAAAGACAACAUCUAUUUUGGAGAGUCAAAUAUACAGAAUGGUCUUAAUUGUAUAUUUAAUCAAGAAUCUGAUAGAAAUUUCUAUGAAUAUAAAAACUGUGGAGCUGAACAUAAACUAACUAUAAAAUCUAUAGAUUAUUAUAGAGAUAAUGGUAAAAUGUGGAGAUGUCAAGAUAAUAUUGUUCAGUCUGUUAAUAGUCAUCUUACAUUAUAUGUUAUCACAGCUGGAGAAGAAUAA